GUUACAGUCCUUACACUGACAGAGGAGCUGUGGGACGUAACAGCUGACCGCUGAUUUGAACCGCAAGUGAUGGAAAAGACCGAGACAUUUUCAGACAUCUACCUCGUCUCUCACCACACCGGUAUCGUCCUCCUUGUCUCGUGGAUGUACGUCUGCGGGACACCCACUGAUUUCACCAACUAUGGAUUGUUUAAUUGAAGUUGGGCCACCUGAUCCUGUUUGCGCUUUGACAACCGGCCAACAUUAGAGCAAGCUAAGUCGUUGUGGACAGUUGUGCAACUCGUGCAUUUCCUGCUCAGAUAACUGGUGUCAAAAGCAGAGAUUCAAUCUCAGGAUCUAUUUGCGCGUAAAAGGACGUGGACAGAACGUUUUCAUGCAACGCUGCCUGAAAUACAUCGCGCUAUGUUUUAGUAAUUAUGGGGAAAAUCUGUAGUUAGAAUAGAGGGUGUGUAUGUGUGACUGUUUUGUUUCUGCCGGCUUUGAUGCGAGAGUGGCGGCCAGCUUUUAUUGCGCGCACCAAUUGUGUGUUUAGCCGCUCCGUGACCACAGGCGAUCCAGCUCAGCAGGACCUGCAAUCUUUCAAAGGCAACAGGCCUCAGCAACCUCUGUGAAAGGUUUCACGGAAAAAUCAUUUUUCCAAGUCCUGUAAUUUCAACUUUCUCUCUAACCAAGAGAGUUUUUCAAGCUGCAUCGAAGUGCACCUUUGAGGCAGGAGUAAGCCAUGGCUUUACCAGAUAGUGGCAUGUCUGGGGAGGAGGUACCCUUCCCAGAGAUUAUAGAGCUCAAUGUUGGUGGCCAGGUGUACAUAACCCGCUAUUCUACUCUCACAAGUGUGCCUGAGUCCCUGCUGUGGGAGAUGUUCAGUCGGAAGUCAGCCAAAGGAUUGGCCAGGGACACCAAGGGUCGCUUCUUUGUGGACCGUGACGGCUUCCUGUUCCGAUACAUCCUGGACUACAUGCGGGACCAGCAGCUGGUUCUUCCAGACCACUUCCCUGAGCGUGGGCGUCUGCAGAGGGAGGCUGAGUUCUUCAACCUCCCCGAGCUUGUCAAACUACUAGCACCCAAAAUCAGCAAGCAGAACUCACUUGGCGAUGAGGGAUGUCAGAGUGACCCAGAGGACUCCUCACCUGGGUUUGACACGGCCCGUAAUCUCAGCUCCCUGGGUGCUGCUGCCGCUGCCUGUGCCAGCCUGGUGCCCGGUGCCAUGGAUGGCAAACGCUCUGGGUUCAUCACUAUCGGCUACAGAGGCUCAUACACCCUUGGCCGUGACAGCCACACCGAUGCUAAAUUCCGCAGGGUGGCAAGGAUCAUGGUGUGUGGGAAGACCUCUUUGGCCAAAGAGGUGUUUGGGGAGACGCUGAACGAGAGCCGUGACCCCGACCGCCCCCCUGAGCGCUACACAUCCCGCUACUAUCUCAAGUUCACCUUUCUGGAGCAGGCUUUUGACAAGCUGGCUGAUGCAGGCUUCCACAUGGUGGCCUGUAAUUCCACAGGAACCUGCGCCUUUGCCCAUGAGCAGACGGACGACAAGAUCUGGACCAGCUACACUGAAUAUGUGUUCUACCGUGAGUGAGACUACCGGCUUUGUUCCCCUGGUCCCCCACCCU